AUGUCACCCCAGGGGCUCGCUGUGCUGCUCUGCAGAGAAGGGGACCAGCACCUCGCCCAGCAGGAGCUGCCCACAGCCACGGCUUUCUACGUGGCCGCCUUCAGCUGCAGCGCUCCCACAGCCCUGCAGAAAGUGAACUCCUUAGAGAACGGGCUCUGGGAGAGAGUGAUUGCCACCUUGGAGAUGUGGUGCAGGGGUAAGAGCCAGAUUCCCAAGAUCCAGAGCAAGAAGGUGGCCAUCGCGUCGCUCAGAGUGGAAGUAGCUGCUGUCUUUCUCUCCACCCUAAGUCCUGACAACGUGCUGUCCUCGAUAUAUAAAAUGGAGGCCCUGCUCAGGCAGGGUUGCUCAGAGGAGGUGGUGAGCAAAUGCAAUGUUCUGCUCAAGGCUCAUCCAAAGUAUUCAGUAGAACUGCUGCUGCUCAGGGCGUUGGCAUGGGUGCUGUCGGGGACACAGAUUAGAAAGGGAGUUGCAGACUACAUCCAAGUGUUUGUGAGGCAUCAGGCUGAGGCAGUGGCCUAUGUGUGUACCAGGCAAAAAGAACAUCUGCCACAGAUCAUCCAGGCCUUCUCUAAUUUUCUCUCAACGUAUCAGAAAGAAAGCCCAGAUGGCAGUUCCUUGGACCACUGGCUGGGCAACUGCUACGCCUUCUUGUCUGCAGUGGCACCAGGUGAUGUCUGGGUUUGCAGAGCGCAGGCAGCUUACCUCUUUAAGAAAAGCAAAUUUGAGGAGUGUGUGGCAGUUUGUAGCAAGGCCCUUAAGGGACUGUCAGUAGACAAUAGUCUCAGAGAUGAGAAAAUGCUGGGUCUGCUCUUGGAACGGGCUGCUGCAUAUUUUUUCUUGGGUGGCCGGAUGCAGGAAAUGAUGCAGGAUUUAGCAGAAGCCUUUGCAGCAACCCCUGACCUGGCAAUGAAGCACUUUGAAGAGCUUUUCUCACCACCUGACACUGAGAAGAUAGAAGAACAGGCUAGAACUGUCCUGGAAGUGAAGUUUGCAGCAUACAGGGAGGCUGUGCGUGCUCGGACAGAACUCAGAAGCAAUCGUUGUACUGAACUGCUCCCUUCUGUAAUCCAAACAGUGCUUUUCCUCCUGCGUAUCUCCCCGGGGUCCAAACGUGAGCUCAGAGUCCGGCUGGCAGACUGCCAUCUCCUGCAUGGACACAUCAGAGGUGCCUUGGAAAUCUGUGACCAGCUCCUGGCAGCAGAGCAGAAAACUUAUCACAAUACUCUCCUAGCAUUGCGAGGAUUCUGUGCCCUCCAUUCUCAUGAUCAUCAGCAAGCCCUGCAGGACUUUCAAAAGGUCAUUGAGCAUGAUUCCCCUCAUCCUAACAGCUGUAUUAAAGCCUUAUGUGGGCGUGGACUUAUCCGAAUUUCUGGUGGCAGCCAUUACUUGACAGCCCUGGAUUACAUCACAGCUUGCCAGUUAAAGCUAGAAGAAACCAUCUUCACCAUCAAGGCCUAUGUGCCGUGGAACCAAAGAGGAUUGCUGCUAAAGGUUCUCCAGGAAGAGGGACAGAAGAUGCUCCAGAUGAAGAGGGAUGCCCUUGGGGUUUACCAGCUGGCUUCUCUCCUGAUGGAACUGGACCCUUCUGAUGAGGCAUCACGGAUCCUUUGUGCCGAUGCUCUGUACCAGAUGGGCUGGGUAGAAGAAGCUCACAAGCUGCUCUCAUUAGCACUCUCCAGAAAUCCACAAAGAUCUCCCGUCCUGGCUAGACUCGCACUUCUGCAAUUAAAGAAAGGUUUCAUGUAUGAUGGCAAUCAGCUGCUAAAGAAAGUGAUCAAAAUUGGGGAUACCUCCUGCCUCCUGCCAAUCAUGGACAUUUUCAAGGAUGAAGACAGGAAGCUGAUGCAAACUCACUGCCGUUCCAGGGCACUGAGCAUCCUGAAGAACAAACGGGAAGAUGCUGACAUAAAAGAGGCCAUUGCCUAUCUUUCUUUUGCCAUCAUUGCUUCAGGUGGCUAUGCUGAAGAUUGCCUCCUCAUCAGGGCUCAAUGCUACGGGCACCUCGGUCAGAAGAAAACUGCUAUUUUUGAUUUUAAUGCCGUCUUAAAAGAGGACCCUGGCAAUGUGCGUGCUCUCAGUGGGCGAGGAUUAAUUUACCUUGCUCUAAAGCAGCAAAAGGAGGCAGUGCAAGAUUUGGUCUUGGCGCUGAAGGCAGAGGCAGGAAUGGUAAUCCCAGCAAUCCUGUCUCUAAAGCACGAAGCCCAAGAGCUGGUCGCUCAGUGGCUCCUUCAGCACAGCAGAACUGUGUUAGCUGAGCUUGUUGCUACCAAAGACUUUUCAAAGGAAGAAAGAACCCUCAGAGACCUGCUUGUGAUUGCAGGAGCACUAAUAAAAAUUCGCAAGGAAGCACAGUAUCACACCUUCUAUACGGAUGUUUUGAUUGCAAAUGGAAGGUAUGAAGAGGCCCUUGUUCACCUUCAGGAGGCAUUUGGGCACUCCUUUGCUGAUGAGGUUGCUAGUGCAAGACUGGCUGUGUUGCAGCUGAAGAAGAGGAACGUGGCAGCGGCAGCUCACUCAUUCAGCAUCCUAGCUAAGAAAGAUGAAAGGGAGCUGGAGUUCCUCCUGAACUUUGUAGAUGCUAAGCAACAGCAGCAUCUCUCUCAGGUAGCAGCCCAAGAAGGAAAUGUUCUGAUUAAAGGCUGUCAUUAUAAGAAGGCUCUUGGUUACUUUACCCUGGCUAUCUUGACAAGCAAAGACAACCCAAGAUACCUCCGACAGAGGGCUGCUUGCUUUAUGCACCUCAAAAAAUAUGACAAAGCUUUAAAAGAUAUGGAGAAAGUGAUCGAGAAGCAUGGCUGUAACAGCCUGAGAACACGAGUUCAGGACCACUGCUCAAAAGGACGCCUGCUGUUGUCAGUGUCACAGGAAGAAGCAGCAGUCAAACAGUAUGUUGAAGCACUGCAAUUGGAUGAAUCCACGGCACUGUGCAGCAUCAUGAAUGGCUCUGGUAGUGAAAAUGUAGCAAAAACUUUUCAUAAGAUUGCACAAAGCAAUUUUGAAAUGCAGCAUUAUGAAGAGGCCUGGAAAAUCACAGAUUAUGGCCUUAAAAUUGAUCAAAAUAAUCCCGACCUUAAGAAGCUGAAAACAAGACUCAAGCGAGAGGCAUCGGGCUGUAGCAUACAUUAAUGUGUCUGUGGGGAUCUGCCUGUGACUGUUUUCUUGUUUGUUUGUGAGGCUGCAAGAAUAAGGCAAGGACAAGAUGCUCAUGAUAAUUAUGCAGUGGAUCACGGCACUGAACGUGGCACAGCAAGACUAGAAGUAAAUAAUAUCAGAGUGAAACAAAACUGACCAACAGAGCUAAUAAGAACAAGGCAAAUGACAUUAUUCAAUAUUGUUUACAAUC